AAGAGACACCACCACCACUACCACUACUGCGCACACGCCCACCAUGGCGCCCGCUUCCACGCUAGUCAACAGAAUCAAAGUGCAGCUCAAACUGAGCAUCGCACGGACGCGAAUGGUACAGCAAAAGGACACAGCCCUCGCAAAGCAGCAACGCCGGGAAAUGGCGCAACUCCUCGAAGCCGGCAAGAUCGAAAGCGCCAAAAUCCGCGUCGAAAACAUCAUCCGAUCCGAUCUCAACACCGAACUGCUCGAAAUCCUCGAACUCUACUGCGAACUCCUCACUGCCCGCGCGGGGCUCCUCGAAGCGAAAGAGUGCGAUCCGGGGCUCGAAGAAGCCGUCAAAAGCAUCAUCUACUCUGCGCCGAAAAUCGAAGGCGUCAAAGAGCUCAGUCUGGUUCGACAAUUGCUGGCGGAGAAAUAUGGGAAAGAAUUCACGUUACAGGCUAUGGAGAAUAGCGAUGGGAAAGUUCCGGAGCGCGUCUUGAAGAAAACACGAGUCGAACCUCCCGCUCCUGAACUCGUCGAGGCUUACCUUUCGACUAUUGCGGAGGCAUAUGGGAUCGAUUAUCCCCCCGGGGCGAAAGCUGCGCGCGCAGCGGAAAUGUCGGCCCAAAAUGAAAACUCCAACGAUUCCCCCUCCAACGACGACGACGAUGAUGACAACCCCACCGACGGCGCCCAAAAAGUCCCCGCAGCAUCAGCAUCGUCCCUAGUAGAAAAUAUACCUCUACCAACCGAAGAACUCAGCAAAGCGACUCCUCCGCGAAAUUUCGGACCCAAAAGUCCUGUCUCGGUUAUGCCGCCUUCGCCUAGUACAGAUAAUAUUCGACCGAGAGUGAAUUUUCCUGGUGGAGGCGCGGCGACGACGACGCCGUCGAAGAAGAUGGCGGACCUGAAGGGGAACAAUAAUGGUGCCGCUGCCAAAAAGGAUGACAGUGGUGGGGGUGGUGGGCCGGGAGGCAAGAUUCCGGAUAUUGAUGAGUUGCAGAAGCGGUUUGCGUCGUUGAAGAGAUGAGAUGAAGUGAGAUGAAGUGAGCUGAAGGUGGGAGGGUUUCAGUCUCAUAUGAAAGUGUAUGACUACAACGAAUUGGAUGAAGCUAUGUGGAUUACGAUUCAUGAUUGAUCAAACAGGGCGAAGACGAUGAAAGAUCUGUCACAGACUGGUCAUAUUGGACUCGAGUGGAUUACGUGCAUUGCGGUAUGUAAAGAGAUUACAUAUCGUGCAUGCGAUGGUUUCUAUCCCAUCAUCCUCUCCGCAUGUCUGUGAUGCUCAGUGUGGCCGUGGUGGCAUCUAUCUGCGGCGCGAACAACAUCAAUUUGUGCUGGCAUAGUCCUCCUGCCGUAGCGUCCGAGGGCCGCAAGGAGCAGACUGGCAAUAGGUACUUUCGCGCCGUGCAUGGUCGCGAGUUCUCAAUCAGGCAUGUUGUGUUCUCGUCUCGUAUCCCGACGAUGCUCUCAUGUUUUUUCUGCCUGAAGCGACCCCGACCAUUUUGAAUCAGCUCAUCCGAUCCAAUUCCAGUAGCAGUCAUGACGCUGUGCGGUGGCAACCUUGAAGAUCUCCAGCACAGGCAGAACGCGCUCCCAGGGCAGGUCCUUCAGGCUCGUCACCAGCUCAGCGGCUUUACCGACGGCGCACAGUGGGCAACCGCCACAGACGCAAGCAAUGCGCUCAGUUUCUUCCUCGUGAAACCACUCCAAGUAAUCGAGAACAUUGUACCAGUGGAGGGCAUCGCUCGCCAACAGGGUUCGCGAGUAGUUGUAGUCCAGAAUCUCGUCCACGUUAUCGGAUCCUGCGACUUCGAGCGCCUUGAGGGCUUGAGUGCGAUGAGCGCGCCACAUGGAGAUGUCGAAAUUCGGGAGUUGGAACAUGAAGUUGUUCAUGAUGUAGAACACUGGACUGGCUUCGAAUCGAAUCCGACGGCAGGUGCAGAGGAGAGCCGGCUGGGCGAAGUUCUCCUUGGUGAUGAGUUCUGGUUCUCCUUCGUUGAGCAGCAGAGCAGACUCGUAGAUCCGAUCGCGCACUGCUAGCGGGACCUCGAGGAGGUAACAUCUUCCUUCAGUUGGCACGGCGGGGUCGGAGACUGGUACUGGUGAGGGAGACGCUUCGCGUUGUGCCUGCGCCUGGUUCUGCUUCAGGCGCUUGCGGCUGUUGCGCGGCAGUGGUGGCAUCUUGGACGUAGUGGACUCCGAUGUCGAGUCGUGUGUUGAUGAAUUUCGGAAGUGCUGAAGCUGAGACCAAAGCCUUUAUAAGAGAGAGAUAACCACGCUAGUGGGUACUCCCACUCUCCUCACCAGAGCACGUCCGUAUAUGAGCCUGUCUCUGCAUGAGACGCGUACAGUGGCAGGAAAUGUAGACCAGAAUUCAAGCAAAACGAUGCACUCGCUGCUCUUCUAUCGCAUAGCGAAGUGGUCUAUCAAACUUGGACGCCCGUGCUGUGGCCCCGUUGUUGCUGUCGCUCAAUCAACUCGUCUGCAGCCCGGUACCUGAGACUCUCCGUCCUUCCACGAAGUCCACAGGUGCUGUGUAGUGAGUCUUUCCAUAAACGACAUAGAACACCACCGAUAUGAUGAUCACCGCUACCCACACCAAGGGCGCCCAAUUGGCCGUCUCCAGAUCAACAGGCAGGUUCGUGGGGAAGCAGCAAAAGAUGAUGAUGAAAGCCGAGUACAGGAACGCGAAGGCAUUGAUCGCGAGUCCAUAGCGCCCGAGUGACCAUCGGGCUGGUGGGAGCCCCUCCCCCUUGAUGCGUCUGAGGAGGACACAGCCGAUGCUGAUCAUAUACGUGCUGAGCAGGCCCAACAACGAGAGCGAUACGAUGAUGUUGAAGGCCAACUCGGAGCCGAGCACUAUUAGACUGAGAAGAACCACCACGACAGAGGUGACAUACACAGCGUUGAAAGGUACGUUCCACUUGGGGUCCAUCUUGCUCUGGAAGCUAGAGAACGGGAGACCUUUGUCACGCGCGAAUGCAAAGAUCUCUCUCGCGCAGGUCGCAAGCGCAGUGAUGUUGCCCAUAUAGAUCAGCAGGAAAAGAAUGACGUUCAGAGCGAUUGACAGGGCAGGACUGCCAGUGUUGUUGAAGAGAAGAAGAUAGGGAAUAUCCGCGUUGAGAGUAUCCUCGAGUGGCCCGAUGCAGAAGAGCAUGGUGACCAGCAUACCAAUACCGAGCAACACGUUGCCAAAGUAAGACCAGAUCAUUACUCUCGGAACAGUGAGAGAGGCGUUCUCGACUUCCUCGCUUAUGUGGACGACAGAAUCGCUACCCAGGUUGCAGUACAUGACAUACACCUGUGAGAUCAGAUAUGCGGCGCCCAUGUUGUUGUAUCCUGAGUUAUCCUGGAAAUCCAGAAACACGUCCGAGGCGGAAUUCUUUGGGCAGAGCACCACUAGUGGGAUCAUGAUCACGAAAAAUCCGAUCACAUGUCCGAACAGGCA